CAUAUAAGAGUCGCCCGGUCGGUUCAAAGCGCGUGGCUAGUCAAGCCACAAAGAAUAUGAUUAGGGUAUACGGGGAUACGGGGACCGAGGUGAACGAGAUGGAAGGUAGGGAAAAUCGAGGAGAGAAGGAGGCGAUGGAAGUAAAGGAACAUCAUGCUGGUCAUGUCAGUGUGUGUCCAAUGCCAGUAGAACGCGACGACUAUCGCUUUCUGGCUCUAGCUCGCUCGUCACAGAACUUAGGCCACCGGUUCGUAAAUGAACUGACGUGCAUCGAUCGACGUAUCGAUCUACCACCACUGCUCUUGCUACUGUUAUUGUUGCUACCGCUCGCAAACCAUCGCUUUGUCAUCGUAAUCGUUCUACCUGACGUCGUCGUGUUUGUGUAAUCAUCUUUCCACUCGGCACGAUCUUUUACGACGUGUUUUCUCUUUACUCGAAACU